AUGAGUUACCAACAACAGCCCCCCUAUCCUCCCCAGCCUGCUGUCGGAGGCUACGGCGUCGCAGUUGGCCAAGGCGCAGUUUUAAGAGUCUCGUCCGAUGUCGUCCGAUGUCAUCCGUUGGUUUUGCCUUGGAAUGGGCGGACCAGACGGAGGAGACUCGACACUUGCCCCUUCAAAGCCCUUUUACAAUCCAUUCUGACUCCCGUCCACUAUGCAGCUACGGUCCUCCUCCCGGUAACUACGGACCUCCUCAGGGUGGCUACCCUCCCCAGCAGUACGGUGGUUACCCUCCUCAGGGUCCUCCCCCCGGACAAUACGCACCUCAACCCCCCAUGGGAUACCCGCAGCAGCAACAACCUCAACAGCAGCAGAGUGGAGGAAAAGAUCGCGGCUGCCUCACAGCUUGCUUGGCCACCCUUUGUUGCUGUUUCCUGUGCGAAGAGAGCUGCGAAUGCUGUAUGGAAUGUAUCGAAUGCUGCGAAAUGUGCUAAAGCUUCACGACCCGUAUAUGACCUCGAUGAUACGAUAAUACCUACCCAUCGCGUGCCGGAUAGCCGGUUGGGGUGA